UCUAACAACACGCAAGACCAAGAUUUCAUUAAGCUUUCACAGUUAUCAAACCAUUUGGCCUCCUUUACUGCCAGGCUUGAGGACGGAAGCUUAAUAGAUGCAACUGAAGGUAUAACAGAACGACACGCUACAAGCGCACACAAAUUACUGCAAAAUGCAAGUUUACUUAUUGCCAAGCAGCAAUCUGUUAAUAGUGGUGGUAAUAACGAUUCGUUGUCGGUACCGGCGGUGAAGAAAAUUACAGUUACAUUUCAGGAUUACACUUAUGGAUUCACUUUAUCGAACGAAAAGAUUUAUGCUGUUUCACGCGCGAAUCUUGAGUGA